ACGUCAUACCCGGAAGCGAGCUGUUAUUGUAAUGUUUUCAUGGGUAGCUCUGCACUCAAUGGAAAUGAAUGAUAUUUUUAGAUGUACAUUGAUACUAACUGGACCGUGAAGCGUGUUUGUUGUCCACAGUGGGAGGAGAAACACACAAAUGUGUUUUCUUCGACAGGAAGCCGCAGCUGCUGCCCUGCACCAUCGGUACAGUGAAGGAUAUUUGCAUGAGAGGACAUAUUUUCCACGUUUUGGUUUGGCCUGGUGUUUUUAUAAUCGGGCAGAAGCGAAUGUGGAUUCUUGCGCCGAGCUAACCGAUCUCUGACAGGAUGGUCACGAUGGUGGCAUUUGGAGCCAGGGAAAUCCUGGUGACCCUGAGGUCCACUCUGCAAAGAGCGGGCUCCUUUACCAGAUGCAGCAUCAUGCAGAACCAGAGGACACGUUUUAUGAAAAGAGGACAGAUUUUUACACACAUUCCCAAGGUCACGUUGCUGUGUUGGGGAGCUGUCAGUGCUUCAUCCUCUGCAGCCAGGUUUCAGGAAGCAACUCUUCCACACAAAACAAUGGACAGAAAGUCCCUUGUAAAGGUCCAAGUCCACAAAGUGAUAUUCUUUCUCCGUCUCAGCCUUCGUGCAUUGGUUCUUCUCUUUAAAUUUGGUCCCCUUCUUCUCCUUUCCCCCUUUGCUCUGAUGUCCACCCACUGUGCAUCUUACUGGCUGGAGGCUCUGCUGUGGGUGACCGAGACCUCUGGGCCUACUUUCAUCAAGCUGGGACAAUGGGCCAGCACCAGGCGGGACAUCUUCUCUCGAGAGUUCUGUGAACACUUCUCCAGGCUCCACGUCAAGGUGCGCCCUCACUCCUGGGCCCACACCAAGCAGUUCCUCCGCAGGGCUUUCGGGGAGGGCUGGAGAAGAUUGUUGGUAUUUGAUAGCAAAGAGCCCGUGGGUUCAGGAUGUGUUGCCCAAGUGUACAGAGGCUGGGCCAGGGUAGCCCAGGUGGAGGACCCGUCCUUCCAGUCGGUUGUGGAAGCGAUGGAGCGAGAAGACAUGCUGGAAGCCUGGGAGAUACCUGGUCUUGGAGGUGUGGGUGGUGUUCUGCGGCAGCUCUGGAAGGGCAGGAAAAAGGAGGAAGAGGGAAAUAAGGAGAGGAGCUAUGCAGAUCAGCAACCUGGGGAGAGCAACAACGAGAAGGAGCGCCUGAUACCUGUGGCAAUCAAGGUGGUCCAUCCAGGCGUCAGGAUGCAGGUAGAGAUAGACUUGCUGCUUAUGAAAGCGGGCAGCUGGCUUCUGCACUGCGUUCCUGGACUCAAGUGGCUCAGUAUGUGUGAAGUCGUUGAGGAGUUUGAGAAGUUAAUGACCAAACAGAUCGAUCUCCGUUUUGAGGCCAGGAACAUAGAGCGUUUCCAAGAAAACUUCCGCAAUGUGGACAACAUCAGAUUCCCAACUCCAUUACGGCCGUUCGUCACCAGGAACGUUUUGGUGGAAACCUUUGAAGAGAGCGAGCCUAUUUCAAACUACCUGAGCUCCGAGAUUCCUCAGGAGGUGAAACAGAGGAUAGCCAGGAUGGGAGUUGACACCCUGCUGAAAAUGGUGUUUGUGGAUAACUUUGUCCAUGGAGAUCUGCAUCCUGGCAACAUUCUGGUCCAAUGUCAGAAGUCUCUCACUGAUUCCAGCGAUGCAGUUAGUAUCUCAGGGGACCACCAUGGGAAGACCACCCUCACUGACUUGUUAGACACAGUGGUGGUCAGUGUCCGGCCAGACUCAUGUCCUCUGCAGCUGGUGCUGCUGGACGCUGGUAUCGUAGCUCAGCUCAGUGACCAUGAUCUCGCAAACUUUAAGGCCGUCUUCACAGCGGUGGUGCUGCGCAAGGGUGAGAGGGUGGCAGAGUUGAUUUUGCAUCAUGCCCGAGCUAAUGAGUGCAAAGAUGUGCCGCUUUUUAAGAAGGAGAUGGCCGAGUUGGUGGAUCAUGCCGUCAGCAACAGCCUCUCUCUGGAAAAGAUUCAAGUAGCUGAUUUGCUCUCUAAGGUCUUUGGCUUACUCAUCAAGCACAAGGUGAAGCUGGAGAGUAACUUUGCCUCCAUUGUGUUUGCCAUCAUGGUGCUGGAGGGUCUGGGAAGGUCACUCGAUCCCACCUUGGACAUCUUGGAUUUGGCCAAACCCCUGCUGCUGAAGAACUGUGCAUCACUGUUCUGAUGCACCGAAUCAGCAGAAGUACAAUGCAGCACACACAUACAGGCAGCUGUGCAGUUAAUAGGUAGAUUUACAGGUCCCAUGUUCUGACAGUAUAUAUGUACAUCCUCUUAAUACCAUUUUAAUAGGAUUUCCUUCAGAAUUGCAAUGCAAUGUUCCACUGUAGAUCAUGAGAUCAUGGUCCUUUCAUUAGAUUUUGGCAGAGUUGAUAUCGUAAAUACCUCAUGAUGUCUUUGUUUUAGUGGCAGCAUCCACUUUUAUUCAUGUUUUAUCUCCUGAUAUCUGUAUUAUGAACUUUUCAUGCAUUGACAUGAACUUUAAAGCACGCUCACAUAAGCCUGGUUAGAGUUGAUGCAUUUUACAGAUGGUGUCUCUUAUAGGUUCAUUGCUCUUCAGCGAGUCAGAUGCAGGAUGUAAUCUGAUAAAAUAGCCGAAUGGAACUAGAACCCCGACUGGUUCUCUGUAGCCUGGUUUAGUUUUAAGUCAGUGAUACAGUGCCUUGCCAAAGUAUUCAUACCCCUUCAAAUGUUUCACUUUUCUUUGUAUGUUACAACCACAAACUUUUAUGUAUUUGAUUGGCAUUUUAUCUGAUAUACCAACACAAAGUAGUGCAGAAUUGUGAUCCAAAAGGAAAAGAAUAAAUGGAUUUAAUCAUCUUUUAAAACAGCCUCAGUACAACAGCGUGGAGUGCUGUUGUACUCCCUCGAGGGAACAUUUUGCAUGGCCAGCUAUGCACAUCCUAGACUAACAUUUUUGUGUAUUCCUCUGUGCAAUUCAGCUGUAGCUCAAUUAAAGAAAAGCCUUUUUAAUUGUAUUUUGAUCAGGACUUUGAUUGGGCCAUUCUAAUGCAUGAAUAUGUUUUGGUCUAAACCAUUCUGUUGUAACCCUGGCUCUUCUACCAUUAGGUGGAUCUAAACCCAUGUCUCAAGUCCAUUGCAGGAUUGCCCUGUAUGUUGCUCCGUCCAUCUUAUCAACUGAUCAGUUUCCCUGUUCCUGCUGAAGUAAAGAAUCCCCUCAGCAUGAUACUGCCAACACCAUUUUUUAAGGUGGGGAUGGUGGAUUCUAAUUAAGGUUACCAGAAUUAAGGGUGCUGAAUACAAAUAAAAAAACACAUAGUUUCCUUCUUCUUGACAGUUAUGCACCACUGUGUGUUUGUUGUGGUUAUAAUGUCACCAGUUCAAGGGGAAUGAAUAUGUGGAGGUGUUAUAUGCCUGUUGUUUUACUGACUUUAUUUUAGAAAGAAUCUCAAUACUGUAACCUGCUUGUUCUAAUACACUACGCUUACUGACAGCUAACUGUACUCAGAUUUUUGUAUUUUAAUUGUUAACAGGAAUGCUCUCACCCAACAUUAAUACCAUUAAAAUGAAAUCCAAUCUAAGUUAAACUCUUCUCCUACUUCUCCUGUAAGGUCUCACUGUGACGAUAAAAUGCAAAGCAAAACAAAUGACUACAUUCAAGAGAAUAGAAGCCAUUAAUCUACAAUUUAUUAAAUCCGUCAAUGAAAAACAGACAAAACUCAAUUCUGUCGAUGUCUUUAGGAAGAACAGUCAGCAUGGCUGAGAGAUGGAGAUCAAGAAGAUUUGGUGCAAAAUUGGAAAAAAAAAAAAAUAAUCACAUACCCUUUAUUGCUAAACAGUUUUUCUUUUCGUCACUGUCAAUGACCCACAGGGGGCAGCACUGUUCAAGUAAGAAGGGGAGGGGAGAGGUGGUGUUUUCUUUAUU